AUGAUGAUCGGAAGCUUAACCAAUUCCACCACCUCGACCACUACCACCACUACGAACACUACCACCACGAAUGCUUCUCAGCCAAACACCAGUAAGAAACAACACUUGUUGAUGAAUGGCCAUUCAUUCAACAGCAACAACAACAGUCUAUUCGACACGAUCGUUCAGAAACAGCAACAACAACAACAACAACCCUUCUCAACAAGCAAGCAUUGUUGCAACUCUUCCACACCGAUUGGGGUCAAACACUCUCUUCCCCUUCACCAGAAUCACCCUUUCAUGAAAACAACUUCCUAUUCUCUCUCCUCCACAAGUGUUCCAGGUAGGGCUACCAAUCCUACAUUGAAUACCAAGACACAGAAGAAACAUUCUUUACUCAUUUCCACCAAUCAAUCGACACGCCAUUCGAUUCCAUGUCAUGGAACUGAUACUCGUAGUAGUAAUGGCACUAUUACUAGUAAUAGUAGCAGCAGUUGUAGCACGAAUGGUAGUCACAACUCUUUUUAUGCCACUCCUCUCUCUUCGUCCAUAUUAAGGCCAAGCACUCAAUCGCGUACACGAUCGUCUUGUAAUGAAACCACAACAACAACAACAACAACGACACCUCCUUCUUCAAAAGUCUACAGCACUUUCAGUUCAGAUUUCACGAGUUGUGGCUAUAGUUGUACUACUACUACAACUCGAGGUAAAACAAGUACUCCUCUGAAAAUGAAUGAAAAGUCACCAUGGAAAGACAUUCAUUCCAACACUAGAAUUCUGUAUGGUUCUGUUCAAAGUCAAAGGACUUUCUCUCCCUUCUGUGACGACGACGACGAUGAUGACCACAAUGACCAUCAUUACUCUCUCUCACCACCCUUAUCGACAAGUUUUGUGGAUAAGGAUCAUUCACUUUUCAACACGAAUCACCGUAAAAGCUCGAAAAUGAAUGGCUCAACAAGAGACAAUCUUUCUAUUGUAGUACCGUUGUUGAAACAAGAACAACAACAACAGAAGAAGAAGAAGGAUCAUACAAUGGUCGUGGUGAAUACAACAACUCUUCCAAAACUCCAUCUCUUGGAACCUUUCGAUGAAGAUUUGAGAAUACUCGAAGAGGGUUUUCCAAAUAAUCUUCAGAAAUCCAACCUGUUGAACACCAAUGGUGAUUUAGAAGAACAACUAUCACAUCAACAACCACCAUCCUCCUCUAGUACUACUAGUACAGGUCAGGCCAAUCAUCUUAAUGGCAGCUCUUCAUCCUCUUGUGGAAAGACCUUAUCCUCCACUUCCACCACUUCACCCUUACUUUACAUUCAACACAACACUCAUUCUUCUCUCUUUGAAGAUUCUCAUGGUGUUGAUGAAGAACAACAACAACAAGCAAGUACUCUAGUUGCUGGUGCUGCUGACUCUAUAUCUAUGGCUCUGAAUGGUGAUGUUGCUGCUGUUGUUGUAAAACCUACUACCACCACGACCACCACCCAUACAUCAUUGAUGACUGAUCCAAAUAAGGACAUGCAUCAAUGCUGCUCGAUUACAACAACAACAACAACACCCAUUUCACCUGUUGUUGAACAACAUCAACAUUGUUCUCAAGAACCUCAUCACGAGACAUCAACAACAAGCUCUCACUCAGCGUGUCGUACAAUUUCUGAGCCGCAAAAAAACAAGAACAACAUUGAACUCCCUUUCGAGAGUCCUCAAAGUAUUAUCACGACUACAACACAAGCCUUAUCAGAGAGUGCAAUUGUUGACAUUCAACCUGAUCUUUGGAGUCAACAACAACAACAGACAAGUCUCGACAAUAAGAAGAGAUAUAUUCCUUCCACUCAACAUUAUUUAGACUUUGGCAUUGAAGAAUCCAAUCAAGGCUCGCCACAUCCUCAGCAUACUGGACAUCCGAACAUUGAUCAUCACUCAUCACUGAAAGUAGCAACAACAGUGUGCUCUGAAGAUUGUACUGAUAGCUGCCACCCAUCAACGACAAGACAAGCCUUAAAAAAAGAUCAGACCACCAACACACAACGACACUCCUCCAACACCUCAGAAACCAUGAUGAAAGCUUGCAUGCCAUCAUGCCAUCACGGGAUGGUUCAUCCUCAUCUUGGAAAUCACCACACAGUGAUGGGCAAACAACACCAUGUGGCAGCUUCAUGUAAGAAGGAGGAAUCCACAAGAAAUGGUACAUCAGAUUGCUCCAAUAACCAACACACAUUAGAAUUUGUCAGAGUUCUUCUGGGUCAAAACAAAGAAGCUGCCUCUGCUUUACCACAAUCGAAACGAAAUGUCACAACAGCAACCACAACUACUACUGUUACUACCUCCAAUGCUUCUCAUAUUCGUCCACCACCUGCCUAUGGACACAAGAAGAGAUCCACCAAAUUGAACGUGUUAAGGUAUUCGUAUGAAAGUGAUGAUGAAGGUGGAAACGCCUAUGAUUUGUCACCACUCAAUAGCAAUUCGAAAAUUUAUUAUGUCGAUCAAAUUCUCUCAUCAGGUGACAAGGAUUGCUACGAACAAAAUAAGGACGUCGAUCAUGACGAGGAUGAAGCACUUCAAGAAUGGGAAAGAACUAAACAAAAGUACAAGAAUGCAUUCAAAAGAAGAACCAACGUUCCAAACCCAAAUAAUAAUCAUCUCAGCCGCAACUACUCGGGUAACAUGAGUGAAAAUUUGAGAAUGGUCACUGAAAAGGUGUGUCAUCUCCAACAAGUGAAAAUUGACUUGGAGGAACAGACACAAGAAAUUCAGAAUAUUUGGGAAAGUUUGGUGCAUGAAGAUUUAGUUUGGCAAGUGGAAGAUCUCAUCGUUCAGUCAGCCCUAUGUUGUUGCGGAGAUUUGAAUAGUACCAAAUCCAUUCAGACACUUUUUAACAUGAUUUGUGAAACAGAGAAUGAAAUGGUGAAUGCACUCGAAGAUUUGAUUGACUUUAUAUUUUGCUCGACACGCCGAUCAUGCAAAAAACAUUCCAUUAAUUUUAACAUGAUUUUGGAAUUGGUGAAAGACUCUUCACCUGCAUGUGCCAACAUUCUUUCCAAGCACCAAAGCCACUUUGCUUCCCAAACCUCCGUAGCCUUGAAUUCACAACGCUACAAACUAGAUCAACAUGCUUCUAAGCAACACACCUCUCUCCUCAACAAGAAAACACUCGUUGGUGAAAAUACAAGUCAGUUGCAACACCAACAUCCACAACAUCAGAAAAAGAACGUGACAAGCAUCUCUCCACACAAUAGUUCUCAACUCACCAAACAUCACGCUCUCCCUGCUAAAAUGAUUCCAUCUUCUCCUCAAAUUCAAAGCAAUGAAAAGUCCAAACGUCACAUCUCCUUAUCUGAACUCGAAAAUAAGGAAAGCUUUUUACAAUUGCUCGGAAUUGGAAAGAGAAAGGAAUUACUUGAAUCCAUUCGAAGUAUUGUUGAAGUACUUCUUGAAGUAUCCUCUGUUGUGCUUCAUUCGAAUGAAGACAAAAUUGAAUCUCUUGAUAACUCAUUCAAGGAAAUGAUUUCAACCUAUUCCAAAAUUAUAAGUGAAAUUGAAGACUUUGCACCUCGAAGAUUGUUCAAUGUUUUUUGA